AAAUAGGAAAAUUACAUCAAUCACAAAAUGGAGGAGAACCACACAAUACUAGGAAUCAUGGCCUAACCAAGUUGACACAUAUUUUGGGGGGACACAAUUCAAUCCAUGACACUGGCCUUCUGGUCAGAAAAUCCCCAGCCUGGUAGAUGGGACUGACCUUGAUAUCAGGAACUCUCGGCAGGCUUUCUUUAGGUGUUAGAAUGAAGCAGAGUGUAGAAAGUCACCCUACACCACCUGGCCCAUUGUUGGAAACCAUCAGCACGCACCACCCCUCUUCAGAGAAAGACCCUCUUAGAAAUUUUCAGUUUAGCUGUACCUCAAGUUUAUGAGCCCCUACUUUUUCUCUCCUCUCAUUUUUUGAAAAGUAUUUACUUUUGGUGGCAGUAUACACAAUCAUCCAUUCACAGUUUCUGUUUACAUGAAUCGUUCAAUAACAUUGGUUACAUACUUCACAUUGUGUCACCGUUCUCUCUUUACCCAUAUUGUUUCAUCACCAUUGAUUUUGGCUCUCUGCCCCUUAAAGUUCUUAUCUGUGCUUUAGAUUAACUGUUGUCAAUUUACACUCAUAGAUAAUUCCUUAUAACAGUGCUAUGCCUGAAGCAAACAUUCUUUAUUGUCUAAACUGUUGUUUAAUGAUGGCUUUGUGGGAUAGUUUCGGUUCAAGGUUUAAAGAUUAUUUCAGGGUUCCCCCAGUCUCAAUAGAUCCAGUUAAGUCUGGUUCCCAUAUGAAUUUGAAAUUUUGUUGCAUGCUCUUCCUCCUUUUGACCAGGAUCCAUCUAUUGGGCCCCUUGAUCAAAACAGUCAGUAAGGUAGCUGGGCACCAUCCAUUUCUUCUGGUCUCAUGGUAACGGAGGUAGUAGUUUAUGGAGGCAAUUAAACCUGCAGUACGAACUCCUUCUUUAAAAAUGGGUAAAUGGAGGCGCUCAGGGGGAAGCGGGCCUCAGUGGUAUAGAAACCACUUAAAGAAACAAGGUUUUCACAAGAAAUCUGGUGAGACCUACUGGGGUUCAAAAACAGGGCAAGAAUGGAGGUCGCCCAGGAAGUUGCCUGCUAACCUGUUCGAAAUGUUUAUUUCCACCACAACUUUUGGGAAGUCCCUAACUCGCAUUUGUCUUGGACAUCACAAGAGAAGCAAACCCUUCAUAACAGCCCACAAAAACAACUUCGCCUUCUUGGUAGUGCGCACGCGCCCUUCCCUCUGUUUUCCGUUGGCCUUAAGCCCCGCCCCUGCUGCGUCGUUUGAGAAGGGUUGGGAGCCGUGAGCUCGCGCGACCACUCUUCCCUCAGUCUCCAAGAGCAUAUCGUCGCAAACGGGGCCGGAAAGCGUGGCAGCGCAGGCGCAGGCGCAGAGAGCGGAGGCCGUGGUGGUGGCGGCUGCUGGCCAGUAAGAGGCACCUUUGCCAUUUGAACUUUUAACUUUUCUCAGUUCUUCAGCGAAUCUACAAACCUUUUUUCUCAGGAGCUCAGCCUGGCCUUACUUCAGUGAUAAAGGAAGAAAGGGAAUACGUUUUUCCCAAGCUGUUGAACUCUGCAGUGAUCCUCAUCAGCAGGUUACCAAAGAAUUAGAUCAUGAAAAGGUCAGUUUUCUUUCUGAAGUGAAUGGGGGUUCGGGAGUUAGGAAUGCAGAGUUGUUUUUUUCCAUCUCCACAGCUGACCAUCUCAAUAAUAUGACAGCACAAAUGAGAAGUUUUUAACCUUCUUUUGUUGGCUUUCUUCCACAUCUUUUUGGAGGUGGCAAGGGCACAUGAAAACUAAGAAAGUGUUGAGAACAUUACAAUGAAAGCAACUUUACUCAUUCAGGCCAGUGAUCAGCUUAGGGUUGAUUAACUAUUGUUACCACCAGCCAGGGGCUAAGUUCUCCACUGAAAGGUGAAGCUUCCUGGAGGUGGGGAGGGGCGAGGUGUGUCAUUUGUGGUUUUAAGCCUGAGAUAAGGAGUUCUAUGUUCAGGAGGGGGAAGGGUGGGAGAGGAAAAGGAAAUAUGUUGAAAGAAGCAUACUUCUGACUAUUCCUUAUUACCUUAUGCACAGGGUAAGGGUUUAACAUUUUAUGUUCCAGGUGGCAUCGAUAUUCUUAGUACACGGAUUAUAAAUAACUAAAAUUCUUAUCUUUCUGAAGAUGUUUUUAUAUUUCAGGGUUUUCUGUGUUACAUUAAAAUUAGGCAUCCUACUGGGAAGUUUUUUCUAGCAUGGGUGGAGUAGGGGACUAGGUAUGCUUGUGACCUCUUAGUUCUUACCAGCAACCUGACAUUUUAUAUAGCAGUCUAUUAAAUGUGUAAGAAUCAGUCCCAGCACCAAGACUUCAUUGUUGGCUGGGAUCAGCACUAAUAUAGAAGGAAGCUUGUCUGCUGAGAGAACUAAAAGAAAGCAGCCUUUUUGUUGCCAGUUUUAAAUAAUACGGCAUUUUAAAAGCAAAUAGGCUCUAGUAGAAGACAUUCUAUGGAAGUGGACCCUGUUGUGGGAGAGCUUCAUGUUUUAGGACCUGUAUUCUGUCAGCAGAUUAUCAGUGAGCCAGGACAAUCUGCUACUUAACCUUUACCCAUUUGGAAUCGAGGCAACUGAGUGAACUUGAACCAUAUUUAUCUCAGCAAUAGGUAUGGGGGUAGUUGACUGUAUAUCUUCAUUUCAGAGCCAAAUGCCAGUGUGUUUUAUAUUAGGUUUACAAUAAUGUUGAAAACUUUUCAUCUUUUCGUUUUCAUGACUGUAUCUAAGAAACUUCAUUGCUGUUAAAAAUCUGUCAGAACGAGGAGCUACCUGCCCUUGUUUACUGAUGCAGUCAUUGUUUUCUUAGAGUGAGAAGGCCUUGACAACUCUUCAGGAAUUAGUGUGUGGUGAAUUUUAUGAAUUGGUCACUUCUCUGUAGCAGGCUUUUAUUUCGACCGUUACAGAACAUGGUUUCUGGGCCAGAAGCCCAGUUUCUCAAGUACAUUAAGUACUUUGCUCUAGAGAUGUGUUAUGCUAUAGAUAAAUUAAUGAACUGAACCUGCCAGUAGAGGCUUGGAGGGUGAUUAAUAUGACAAAGAUGGCAUCUUAUUAAUGAAAUAUGGUUUGUCUAAUGGAUAUGGUCAUUGCAAAAAAAUUUAUCAUUGUAUCUGAGAUGUUAGAUAUUUGCUUUUAUCCUCUAAAGUUUAAGGAUGUCUGGCCAAAUUCUGAUGCUUGCCUCACAUGUUAUUUUUUGUUCUUUCUGGUUUUUCUUAGCCAUCUGGAAAGCUCCUAUAGGAUUUACCUGUAGUGGUAGCUAAGAGGCAGUAUUCCUCUGGUGUACUUUAAUCCUUGCCACAUUUAUCAGGCUGGCUGCUACAAACAUUCAAGAUGUCCAGCAAAGGGAGCAGCACAGAUGGCAAAACAGACUUAGCUAAUGGAAGCCUGUCCAGCAGUCCAGAGGAGAUGUCUGGAGCUGAGGAGGGGAGAGAGACAUCCUCAGGCAUUGAAGUGGAGGCCUCAGACCUGAGCUCGAGCUUGACUGGUGAUGAUGGUGGCCCCACUCGCACGAGCACAGAAAGUCGCGGCACAGACACAGAGAGCUCAGGUGAAGACAAGGACUCUGACAGCAUGGAAGACACUAGCCGUUACUCUAUCAACGAUGAAAACCGAGUCCAUGACCACUCAGAGGAAGAAGAGGAGGAGGAGGAGGAGGAGGAGGAAGAGGAGGAAGAAGAGCAGCCUCGGCGCCGUGUACAGCGCAAGCGGGCCAACCGUGAACAGGACUCAUCAGAUGAUGAGCGGGCCCUGGAGGACUGGGUGUCCUCAGAGACAUCAGCUCUGCCCCGACCUCGCUGGCAAGCCCUUCCUGCUCUUCGGGAGCGGGAGUUGGGUUCAAGUGCCCGCUUUGUAUACGAGGCCUGUGGGGCAAGAGUCUUUGUGCAGCGUUUCCGCCUGCAGCAUGGGCUUGAAGGCCAUACCGGUUGUGUCAAUACCUUGCACUUUAACCAGCGUGGCACCUGGCUGGCCAGUGGCAGUGAUGAUCUGAAGGUGGUGGUGUGGGACUGGGUGCGGCGGCAGCCCGUACUGGACUUUGAGAGUGGCCACAAAAGUAAUGUCUUCCAGGCCAAGUUCCUUCCUAACAGUGGUGAUUCCACCCUGGCCAUGUGUGCCCGUGAUGGGCAGGUGCGGGUAGCAGAACUCUCUGCCACACAGUGCUGCAAGAAUACCAAGCGUGUGGCUCAGCACAAGGGAGCCUCCCACAAGCUGGCUCUGGAACCAGACUCUCCCUGUACGUUCCUAUCUGCAGGUGAAGAUGCAGUUGUCUUCACCAUUGACCUUAGACAGGACCGGCCAGCUUCGAAACUGGUGGUGACAAAAGAGAAGGAGAAGAAAGUGGGGCUGUAUACAAUCUAUGUGAAUCCUGCCAAUACCCACCAGUUUGCAGUAGGCGGACGAGAUCAGUUUGUAAGGAUUUAUGACCAGAGGAAAAUUGAUGAGAAUGAGAACAAUGGAGUACUCAAGAAAUUCUGUCCUCAUCACCUGGUGAACAGUGAGUCCAAAGCAAACAUCACCUGUCUUGUGUACAGCCACGACGGCACAGAGCUCCUGGCCAGUUACAAUGAUGAAGACAUUUACCUCUUCAACUCUUCUCACAGCGACGGGGCCCAGUAUGUUAAGAGAUAUAAGGGCCACAGAAAUAAUGCCACAGUAAAAGGUGUCAAUUUCUAUGGCCCCAAGAGUGAGUUUGUGGUGAGCGGUAGUGACUGCGGGCACAUCUUCCUCUGGGAGAAAUCAUCCUGCCAGAUCAUUCAGUUCAUGGAGGGGGACAAGGGAGGAGUGGUAAACUGUCUUGAGCCCCACCCUCACCUGCCCGUGCUGGCAACCAGUGGCCUAGACCAUGAUGUCAAGAUCUGGGCACCCACAGCUGAAGCUUCCACUGAGCUUACAGGGUUAAAGGACGUGAUUAAGAAGAACAAGCGGGAGCGGGAUGAAGAUAGCUUGCACCACACUGACCUGUUUGACAGCCACAUGCUCUGGUUCCUCAUGCAUCACCUGAGACAGAGGCGCCAUCACCGGCGCUGGCGAGAACCUGGGGUUGGGGCCACAGAUGCAGACUCGGAUGAGUCUCCCAGCUCCUCAGACACGUCGGACGAGGAGGAGGGUCCCGACCGGGUGCAGUGCAUGCCAUCCUGAGGCCUCACGCCAGGAGGGACGGGCUGGGGCUGCCAACACAAUCCUGCCUGGGCAGCUCUUUUUUGUCCCAGGCCCUUAACAUUCAGCAGAAAUGCACUUUGGACUUUUUGCUUUAGGUAAAAGACAGAUAUCCCAGGAGAAAGACAAACCAGAGGGAAUGAACCAUUAACAAGAGUACCUAGGAGUAGGGGUUGACCCCUGGAUUUAGUUCCAUGGAAGGGUGCACAGGACUCAGCAAAAAUGAUGAAGUCCUCCCUGAAGCCUUUUUUUUGUGGGGGGAGCCUGUUUUGUUAACUGGUUUGGGGUGGAGAAUGGGGUUUCUUUGUCUUUACUCUCCCUUGUUUCUUGGGCGGGGGGGUGGAGGGGCAAAUGGCUGUUCAUUACUAAGGGGCCAGAGUGGAGGGGGUAGGAGCGUCACUCUCUCUUUGGUUUAGGUUUUUGGCCCUUUUUUCCUUUAUUUUUUUAAUGUCUAAGACAGUUUCAUUGUUUUUUCCCCUGAGCAACCCCAUCCCAGGAUCCUGUUUUUCUGGGAAGUCCUUAGAGCCCCUAGCCAUCCCACACUUCACUUUCCACCUCAUCAUUCUCUGUACUUAUCACGGUGUUUUGCACUUGAUUAUGUAUCCUGCAGUCUCUUCUCUCCAUCCCAUCACUCCCCCCCACCCCAAUUAAGUCUGGUGAGGGUGGCAGGGGAAGGUGGGAGGAGGGGUCGAGGUGGAGGAAGAAUAGGAAAGAUGUUACAUCUGCUACUUAAAAACAAAAGUCUGUGUGGUGACAGCAAUCUCCCUGUCCCUAUCACUGUUAGAGGCCUAAUUUUUUAUCUAUAAGUAUAUUAAAAAGCAAGUCAAACUUGGAUAUAUCAAGUUAAAGUUAUUGUCAAAGUUUACCUAUAUAUUCUCUAUGAAUGCAAUAAAGGGACUUAAAGAGUUGAGCAAGAGUAAUGAUGUGGAGGUGACAUCUGGGGUCAGCCUACCCCCUGUGGUACGACCACUGGAGAUUGAGGCUUGCUCAUUUAGGUUUUAAGAGGCUGGAAAAUGGAAGAACCCUCACUUCUGCCCUUCCUCCCUUCCCUGCCUUGGGUUUAGGGAUUGGGAAAAAAAGGAGAUUCCUCUCGACUCUUUGCAUCAGAUCUCCUGCGUCUCCUUAAGUCUUGUGGGAGUUUCCAGGAAGCUUCUUCUUCCCAGAGGUUGGCCCAUCUUUGAAAUUUGACUGAAUACGACUUCAGGACGGGUGCCACCACUGCAGACUGUCUCUCCUAGUAUGUGUGACAGAACACACCUACACACUUACCUUUAGCUGCUUGAUUCUUUAAGCCACUCAGCUCCCUUCCUAACAGAGAAGUGAAGGGGAAGACUUCUGCCUUUGGCUUUAAAGCUUGUCCACCUCUUGAUAAUCUUGGGAUUGAAGGACAAGUGGUUAGUCUGAGGAUUAAUUUGGGUGGCUGGGGCUUGGACACUUCUGUUUAAUCAUUGGUCACUGAGUGUGAAAGUCCCAGUGGAAUUCUUGCCCUUAAAUGCUUUUGCUGCUAUUUCUUUGCCCCCAACUUCCAUAAGAUCCAAUCAGGAGUCUGCAUCCUGGGGCAGUUGGAUUCUACUAGAUGGAAAGAGGGGAAGAGAGUGACAGGGUGGUAUUCCUGGAUACCCCUUCCCCUGCCCCUGUUCCUAGCAGCUCGGAGACCAGAUGGUAGCUGCUGCACUUCCUCCCCGUGGUAGGGAAUGUGUGGUGACUGAGUGCUCUGUGUUCCUAUUGCUAGUGGGGUGAUGGGUGGGCUGAAAACCAUGCACUCUGGAAUUUGUUGUAUUUUCUCUCAGUAAAGCUUCC